AUGGCCCCAGGCCUUGACAUUCAAAGACUGGGCCUUGUAUUCCAGUCGCGACCGGACAUCCUCGAGGGCAUUCAGCGCGAAGCCAAUUCGGCGUCACGAGUAACGUUGUUCAACGACAUUGCCAGCUUCGUGUACGAACAGACGAACGGCCCCGAGCCGGCUGCGAAGCGGCGUCGAGUCGAUGUCGACGCCUCCAACGGCUUCAAGGCCUCCAAUGGCAACGGAACCAUCAAUGUCGCAGGAUCCGUUCCGGCCUCGGCGGCAGAGGCAGCAGUAGACGAGCCGGUUCAGCUCGAGAUUAAGGAGAUUUCCGUGUCGGUACCGCAGCGCAAAAAGUUUGAGCUGUGCUUCACCGACAACCACCUCUACGCUCGCGUCCCGGGCACAACUACGCCGGCGGCAGGCAUCGCAUACGCCUGGGGAGACAUUGAAUACGCCUUCUACCUCCCAAUUCCCGAAAAGACGCAGGUUCAACAUAACUACAUCAUAUUCCCCCGCGGAGCAUGUCUUCCUUCUAAGACAGAGACGGCUAUUCCUACGGCUGAGCCUCUCGUCUUCACCGUGCCCGCAACGGCUCCAAAGCAAGGCACAAUUCUCGGUCCCAAGGCUAGCAGUGCGGCUGCUGUCUCCGACACAUACCGCUCGCUAUUCGACUGGGCGCUGACGACCCAUCUCCGUGCCGCGUCAAAUCCCAUCAACAUAGUGUCAGCCGACCCCGCCAAGUUCCACAGUAUGGUUAGGCAGCCACAUCGACCGAACGAGAAGGCUGUGCAUGUCAAGGCAUUCCGCGGCUCAAAGGAUGGGUAUCUGUUUUUUCUGCCGACCGGCAUCCUUUGGGGCUUUAAGAAACCGCUCCUAUUUAUCCCCUUGGAGCGGAUCUCGUCAUUGAGCUACACGAGCGUGUUGCAGCGGACAUUCAACAUAGUGGUCGAGGCUUUCACGGGCGAGGGCGACGCGACCGAAGAGCUCGAGUUUGCAAUGUUGGACCAGGAGGACUACCAGGGGAUUGAUGAAUCGUACGUCAAGCGCAAUGGGCUACAGGACCGCAGCAUGGCGGAGCAGAGGCGAGCCAAGAUGGAGCUCGUGGAGAACCAAAAGGCCGGAAAGAAGGCAGCUGGCGCGGGCGAUGUCGCGCCGGAGGCUGGUGCAGAUACCGAUGGCAGGACGGAGCUGGAAAAGGCGCAGGCUGAGGCAGAGCUGCAGCUGCAAGACGAAGAGGAUGAGGACGAAGAAGAUUACGACCCGGGGAGCGAGGGUGAGAGCGAAGGAUCGGGCGUCUCAAGCGACGAAGACGAUGAGGACGAUGAUCAAGAGAUGGAGGGUGGCGAGGACGAUGAACAAGACGAUGCAGGGGACGAAAGUAUCAAUGUCAAAGGCUGA